AUGAAGCCAGGCCAACUACGCUUAAAGUGGCAGUUCAGCUCCGGUACCACAUCUGUAUCCAUGAUUGGCGCCGAUCUCUUGGCUGUCAUUGCGUUGCGGUUCGGGCCGAGAAACGGCCUCGCUGUGUGCAAGUUGCUCUCGCAAACAUGCGACUGGCUCAUUCACAUCAUCGAUCUCAAUCCUCCACCUCAGACUGGCCUUGCGCAAUGCACAUUCCACGCAUGCGACAUUACGCACGAAGAAGAGCUAGGCCGGAUCUUCGCAGGCAUAUUUAAAACCCACCGGCGUGUGGAUUUCGUAUUUGCGAAUGCGGGGAUAGGAGAGCGCCAGUACUUUUACGAUUUGCACGGCCAAAACAGUACUACUAUCAAUGAUGAUGAUGAUGAUGCUGAUGAUGAUAACAAGAAUGCAAGUACUGAUUCUAAACUUGGAAAAGAAGAUGAGAAGAAAGAGGAAGGGGAAGAAGAGGAAAUGCCACCCCUCCCUGUAAAAGGCAUGCAGACCCUCCUCUCCAUCAACCUCAGCUCCGUCAUAACAACCACGCACCUCGCAACCCACUACAUGCUGCGCUCCCCGUCUUCCACGGACAAAUCCAUCGUCAUGACGGCGUCCUGCGGCGGCUUGUACCCCUCUGGCUACUGCCCCGUGUACACAGCCACCAAGCACGGCGUCGUGGGCUUCAUGCGCGGCAUCGCCCCGUAUUACCGGGCGAAACACGGUAUCCGCGUCAACGCUAUCUGCCCCGGUAUCGUGCGCACGCAGCUGUUGUCACAAGCUGAAUUCGACUUGUUCGAAGAUGAUGUGUACACACCUGUGGAGAAAGUUGCGUCUGUGAAAAUCCGCGUCUAUUCCACAUAA